AUGGUGACAGCGCUCCUAAGCCUCCAAUCGGUUCCAACAGAGGCCCAGUCGGUUGCGCUUGCGCGAGGGUCGCACGCAAUCACGCGCGCCGGCCGCUUCCGGUGCGCCGCGAGGGCCGCCGGGACGGGUCUCCCUGGCGAUCAGUGGUGUGCUGUCGCCUCUGCCACCAGCGCGCCGGUGCCACGGAGACUCGUGUCCUUGCUACCUUCUUCGGGCUUCCCGGGGCCUGAUCCCCGGGGCCCUCGGCAGGCGUCAGCCGAGCCUGUGCGCGAACCUGCGGCCCUCCGCUCGCCCUUCACGACCCGGCAGCGCGACUCGGACUCAGGGAGCGAAAGGGACUGUGGCGACUCCGCGCCGUGUGUCGCCGGGCGGGGCCGCGGGGCCGGGGCUCCUCCAGCCCCCGGGAUGCGUGCGCGAGCUCUCGCCUCCACUUUCUCUUUACCGCUGUCACGCGUGGAGCCGCCUCUCGCCUACAGCGGGGAGCGCGAGUGCACAGAUCAGCAGCACCCCUGUCGAGCCCCGGUGCCGGGUACCCCCGGGAAUGUGAGCCGCGAGGCUCGCAAGCUCCUCCGGAUUGACAAGAACAAUCGUGUUUCCUUCUCGUAA